GAACCAUAUCAACCAACCAACAAUGUCCAUGCGUCAAAUGCCACUGCAUGCCAUAUUUGGAGGAGGAAAGGUGGCUCACAUAUUGUUAUGGAAGGACAAAACAUCAGCGGCUACAAUCUUAGCUGUGUUCACCAUAAUAUGGCUUCAACUUGAAGUACUAGAAUACCAGUUUUUAACUGUUUUUUGUGACAUCCUCAUGCUGGCUAUGCUUGCCAUUUUCGUCUGGCACAAAGGGACACAACUAGCCAACCUGUAUGGUUUUAGGUCUCCAAGCUUGGUCUCUUACUUCCCGAGUCCGCCUAAUAGCAAUAACUUUCAACUCUCAGAAUCGACUUGUGGAUACUUCUUUCAACAAAUUAACUUCUUUUUGUUCAAAUUCUUUGAAAUUUCAGCCGGAAAAGACUUGAAACUCCUAGUUUUGGCAAUGGUUUGUCUAUGGAUGUUUUCAGCUCUAGGAGAUUGUGUCAGCUCUGUGAGCCUUUUAUAUACAAGCACUCUCCUUCUCGGAACACUGCCUGCUUUGUAUGAGAGAUAUGGUGUUCCUUCUCAGGUCGAUACAUUUGCUGCCAAAUGCAUCCAAGAGGUGAAGAAAUUGUUCCAAAUGUUUGAGUCCAAAGUUCUUAAAAAGAUUCCAGGAAUGAGGAAAGAAAGAGUAAAUUAG